AUGUCACUUCUUUCGCUAGAAGAUAGCAUCCGUGCAUCUGCCGUCUGCAAGGCAUGGCAUGAAGCCGCUAAAUCUGUUGCGGUUGUUCAGAAGUACCUAUGGGUUGUCUCCAUUCCGUUAUGUGGAAACUCUAUUGAUCUUUUUGAUCCGUUGCAGAGGAAGAAGUACACAAUGAAUCUACCCAAGACAUUUCAUGAAAUCGCUUUCUCUUCUGCCCCUACAUCGGAAACUUCUGUCACGUUAAACCCUAUUUCAGAAUAUAUUGUGGCCAUAGACACUUUCUAUCCUGGAGCAACUGAGUGGAUAACUAAGACGUUUCAAUGCUAUCUUGCUUUUGACCCUAAUAUCCUUAGCAACCUGGUACAUACUAAUAAUCACUUCUACUGCUUCACCUCGGGAGGUGUUUUAUUUGAAUUUGAUCCAGCUUCUCGCACAUUGAAACAAAAAGCAUGGAAGGAUUUUAUAGUCUCUGAAAUUCGUAACAACGAAUUCUCGUAUCAGCCAAAGAAACUUUACUUGAUGGAGCACAAAGGAGUGCUAAUUCUCAUGUAUACAUAUGGCAGUGAGAAACCAGUGGUGUAUAAGUUAGUCUCCUCAAAAUGGGAAGAGAUGAGUAGUACACUAGACGGCUUGACAAUAUUUGCAAGUAUGUGGUGCUCGGAGACUAGAAUGGAUAUUUUAGGGAUGAAGAACAGUGUGUACAUCCUAAAGUACGGCGUACGUAACUACAUGUAA